AUGGACGUGAGGCAAAAAAAAAUAUCCAAAUUUGGCGAUAAGUUUUUUUACAGAUUGGAUAAAUAUCCAUAUUAUGUGGAGCGCGAAUGGUGGAAAGAUGGUAAUCGUAUGACAUUUUGGUCGACGUGGCGAAUGAAGCGAGACGUAAAGAGGCGGCAGCUGCUCGCCGAAUUAGGUCCAGAUCGUGUACGAUUGAAGGCCCUGAAAUCCAACAUUCUGUUACCGAAACUGAUCACGGAUGAAUGCGCCGAAAAGUUACAUAAUUUUCCAAAGGGUUCAUGUCCGUGUCUUGUACAGCACUUGUGUCAGUUCAGUGGCGCACGACGCGGAAAACUCAAUCGAUUUCAUCUUCAUCGGCAGAUUUUCAGGUUGGCGAAUUUCACGCCUUUAUUCUUUGAUCUUUUGAUUCAUUCCUUGCGCUAA